GCACGUGGGUGGGGAGGGGCGGGCCGGGGCGGAGGGGUGGGGCCUGGGGCGGAGCUGCUGGUGGGGGCUGCUCCGCGCCCGGGCCGUUGGCUCCAGACAAAUAAACAUGGAGUCCAUCUUCCACGAGAAACAAGAAGGCUCACUUUGUGCUCAGCAUUGCCUGAAUAACCUAUUACAAGGAGAGUAUUUUAGCCCUGUGGAGUUAUCCUCAAUUGCACACCAGCUAGAUGAAGAGGAAAGGCUGAGAAUGGCAGAAGGAGGAGUCACUAGUGAAGAUUAUCGCACAUUUUUACAGCAGCCUUCUGGAAAUAUGGACGACAGCGGCUUUUUCUCUAUUCAAGUUAUAAGCAAUGCCUUGAAAGUUUGGGGUUUAGAACUAAUCCUUUUCAACAGUCCAGAGUACCAGAGGCUCAGAAUUGAUCCUAUAAAUGAAAGAUCUUUUAUAUGCAAUUAUAAAGAACACUGGUUUACAGUUAGAAAAUUAGGAAAACAGUGGUUUAACUUGAAUUCUCUGUUGACGGGUCCAGAAUUAAUAUCAGAUACAUACCUCGCACUAUUCUUGGCUCAAUUACAGCAAGAAGGUUAUUCUAUAUUUGUUGUUAAGGGUGAUCUGCCAGAUUGUGAAGCUGACCAACUUUUGCAGAUGAUCAAGGUCCAACAGAUGCAUCGACCAAAACUUAUUGGAGAAGAACUAGCACAUCUGAAAGAACAGAGUGUCCUCAAAGCAGAUCUGGAACGAGUCUUAGAGGCAGCUGAUGGGUCGGGAAUAUUUGAUGAAGAUGAGGAUGAUUUACAGAGGGCUCUAGCCAUAAGUCGUCAGGAAAUCGACAUGGAGGAUGAAGAAGCCGAUCUCCGCAGGGCCAUUCAGCUCAGUAUGCAAGGUAGUUCCAGAAGUAUGUGUGAAGAUAGUCCACAGACGUCAAGUACAGAUCUUUCUUCAGAAGAACUUCGGAAGAGAAGAGAAGCCUACUUUGAAAAGCAACAGAAUCAGCAGCAGGAGGUAGACCGACCUGGACCCCGUUCAUACCCUUGUGAAAGAGCAACCACAAGUUCAGGAGGACUUGGGGGCAGCCAAGGAGGCGAUGCUGUGGGUGAAGAGGACAUGCUUCGUGCAGCUGUAACCAUGUCUUUAGAAACUGUUAAAGACAAUUUGAAAGCAGAAAGAAAAAAAUAGUACCUUUAAAAAUCAUUUUGCUACUUCUACUCUGUAAGAUUGUCUGUGAUUACAUUGUAAGCUCACUUUGGCAGUGUGUUCACCAGGAGAGAGAGAGACUGCGCUGCUUUGUAAGCUUUCAGGCAGAAGUGUAUCAUAGGACUAAGGAGCGAUCGAGACACUAGCCAGAGAGGCAGGCAGCAGUGAGAGAGACUUAAGGUGGCUUUCUGAAUGCCCCUUUUUGUUUUUCACAUGUGCAAUAUCUGACUGAAAUUGUGGAAUCUUCCUUGGCUCUUUUGGACCAACUGAUUAGCUCUUGCCACAGAACUUGAUCCUGUAAUGUUUCCUUUUCUCUCUGCAUUAGAAAUGGCUUGGAUCACUUGAGCUUUUCCUUUAUUUCAGACCAACCUUUUAUGAAAUGUCUUUUGUAUGUCUUGUAAUGGAAAGAUCAAUCUGUCUUCUUGUAUAUAUGUAGGACACAUGGAUGCUUCCUGGUGUUAUUUUCUCUGGUUUUGGUUUCUCCCUCCAAACUCUAAUGUGGUGAUCUGUUGCUUUUAAAGCCUUUUUUAGUGGGAUCACUAUUUCUUAAUUCUGGUGCAUUCCUCUACUCUAAAGUCAGCCCUGCUCUUCUAAAUGAGCUGCGUUUUUUUGUGAGCAUGUGAGCAUGUACUUUCUAGAUGCCCUGUGAAGGAUUUCAGGUGUGUCCUGGCUGACUUCUGUAAUCGUUCCUGUACCUGAGAAAAGGAGAGGCAGAGGACACAAACAUAUUUCCUUCUACUUAACGUGCACCAUGAACGUACCCCAGGAGAAACUCACCCUUCAGUCUUAGUGGUGGGUUUGUUCUAGUUUUUCUUCUGUGACAGGAGCUUUGUGUUUUAUUUACAAUUAAGUCCUGGAAAAUAGAUGCCUGCUUCACUUUUUAAAAUUUUAAAAAGUUUUUUUUUUUUUUUAUUUUAGUAGAAAAUAGGCUGCUAGGUUGCUGAUCUAGAAUCUGAAUUUACUAAUUUAAUUAAAUUAGUAAAUCUAACUUACUAAUGAAAAUAUAUUUAAAUAUACUGUGGGUUGACCCUUGCAAUCAUGUUUAAAUUACUUAAGAAUUACAGAAGUCACAAUGCUUAACGGGUCUGUUUGUAAGUAAGAAAGUCCUUAGUUUUGAUAAACAUGAAGUGGUGGGAUGCACUGCUAGUCUUGCUGGGUCAAUAUGUGGUAUGAUUUGGGUGGAAAUUAACUGUGUGUCUUUGUCAUGGUGUCAUAGACCCUGACGUCUGCUUCCCCUCUGUUCCCUGUGAAUGUCGAUUUGUACAUAGGUAAGGUCCAAGAGGAGAGUUUAGCCAGCAGCGUGGGAAGGCACAGCGCGCUAGAUUGUGUGCUCUGCUGGUGUGUGUGUGCUCUGCUGGUGUGUGUGUGCUCUGCUGGUGUGUGUGUGCUCUGCUGGUGUGUGUGUGCUCUGCUGGUGUGUGUGUGCUCUGCUGGUGUGUGUGUGCUCUGCUGGUGUGUGUGUGCUCUGCUGGUGUGUGUGUGCUCUGCUGGUGUGUGUGUGCUCUGCUGGUGUGUGUGUGCUCUGCACACGUUUUUAUCAGGGAAGGUUUUAGGAUUUAUUGCUGUCUAAGUGAAAAAGUUACAAAUAUUUUUAUUUAUGAUUAUGAAAUAGCUUUUUCUUGAUAGGAUGGAUUGUUUUAUUUUGUUUGGUUGUGCUAGGGAUUGAACCCAGGGCCUCCUGUGUGCUAGGCAAGCACUCUACCUCUGAGCUAUAUCCCCAGAUCCAAAACAGGUAUUUCUUUCUUCGUUUUUUGGGUUUUUUUUUCCUUAGUCAUUUCAUGCCAAUUACAGUUUUUUAUUUUAAUUUGCUUCAUGAAAAAUUAGGCAGUUCCAUUUUAAAAAUCUAUGAGGCUUUCUUUUAGUAAUUGCAAAGGUUCAGAAGAAUUGUGCAGCUGUAGGAUGUUAGAGCUAGGGCUUUGCUUACAGUUGGUUGUUAUCCUCAAGUAUGUGACUGCCCUAAGUGUGCCGGUCACAUGUCUGUUAAAACCCUCUGAAAAAUCACAUUAAACUUUCCAUACACUUAGAUUGAUGUGUUGCCUGUUAGAAAAACGAGAAAGUUAUUUAACUUUAGAGUUUAUAAAAUGUUCAUAUAACACACCCUACUUAAAUCAUAUAUGAAAUACGGCAUGUUGAUCUUUUAUUAGAAAUGUUUUAAAGAGAAACGGAGCAUACGAUGAAUCUAUUUGAGUGCAGUUUUUUAGUUUCUUAUAAAUUAUGGUAUUUGUCUAGGCAAAUCCAAAGUCACCAUUGAACUGCCAUCCUAGGGUUGACCUAGGCUUAUCUAAACAUUUAGAUUUUAUUAUUAAUGAGUAGCCUAUAUGAAAAGAUGCCAAUGCUUAUUCUAAGCACAGUAUCCAAAGCGUAAGAGUUCUAUGGCAUUCUAGUUCAUACACCAGGAGCUGCCGUCUAUAGUACUGCAGGACAGACGGGCAAUGGAGUACACCGCCAUGGCUGUGUUACGGACUUGCCUGACAUUUUCAUUCUGUUUUUACCAAUUGGAAUACUUUAAUGUUUAAUAUUUAAACUACUGAUAGCAUUUUUCUAAUCUGUAACUUGUUCUGCCAGACAGAAUACGUACAGCCGUGAUGCUAGUGUUCUGACCUGAUGUAAGAACUCUGGAAGGCCAGGCAUGGUGCUGCUCUAUGCCUUAUGACAGUACUUGGGAGUCAGAGGCAGGCAGAUUUGUCUUUGAGUGCAAGGCCAGCCUGGUCUACAUAGUAAGUUCCAAAUUUGCUGGAGCUGCACAGGAAGACCCUGUCUUAAACAAACAAACAACAAAAAAACCUUUGGAAAGACCACUUUCAUAUUUUGGAAUGUCAUGAGCUUAUCUAUGUUUCAACAAUUCAGAAUAGCUGUCCUUUGGCCUAACCAUAAAUCUACACCCCAGAGACCGUGCUAUGCAGACAUUUCAGUGGUUUAAAUUGUUUGAUACGGUCAGUGCAGGUGAACUCCGUGCUAAAGUUUUAAGCCUUGGCCAAAUAACUUACAUGUCACAGACUAUCUAAGGCGGUGCUUCUUUUUUCCUGAAAACUUGAUUUUUCUUGAUGAAGCCAAAGUUAAUGAGGAUGAAUUCCCAAAAGGAGUAGUCUGCAUUGUUUUAUUUAAUAUCAGGUUGAGUGAAAUAAGUUUUACUCGUGUCAGAGUCUAAGCCACACAUUUUGAAUACCCGCAUGUUUGAUACUAUUUAAAUCAUCUGGUGCCAAGAGUUAUUAAGUCCUUAGAGCUGGCCCUGUGCAAACUGGGCGGUGCAGAACCCACGUGUGCUGUCUGAGAGUCUUAAACUAGGAAAUCUGGAUGUUUUAAAUUAGUAAGAAGAUUCAGUUAAUAUGGAAACCCCCAAAUCCAAGUUUAUGUUAGGCAGUGUGGCUGCGCUCAGUGGUAGAGCAGUUACCUGGUGGCCCAGGCUUUGGUUCAGUCUCUAACACUGCAAAAGGACAGCACAGGCUCACAGGCUAGCCUGCAUUUAGAGAGGCGCUAAGGAGGUGCUUUCAAAGUGAAUUGUUUGUUGUGAUCUAGUCCUAACAAGUGUAGAGCCACAUGUGACCUUAAUUAGGAAAAAGCAGAUUGGAUCAGCUAAUCAGUAGUGUAGAUAAUUUUUUUGUUGUUUUUCAUAUUUAAAAGAAAAACUCUCUUCAUUCCUAAUUUGUUUAUAAUUAAAGAGACAAAUUGAUUUUGUAUUUUUUCAAAGUUUCAUAGAUAUCAAAAAGGUUUUGUUGUAGUCUAUCAUGAAUGAAAAGGAUUUUUUUUUUUAAUUUGAGGAAUACUUUUUUGUGUGUGUGCCUAAAAUGGUCUGUCAUUUUAAGAAUUAGCACAGAGGUUUAAUAGUAGCAGUACACAGUCCUAGGUGAGGCACCAGUGAGAAGUGUGUGGGAAAUGCAGUUAAGUAGGUCAGACUUACUUGUCUCUGCAUAGUUUAAAGCUGGUAUGUUUCCUGGAAUUUUUUUAAUGAUUUUUUUUCCAAGGAAGACAGACAUUUGAAAUGUGAUUAUCUAAUUUCUAUAACACUGGACUAAUAGGAAUAACUUUUAUUAAAAAAAUGACUGUUCUGUAUAAAUAAAAUAUAUGAAACUCAAGUGCAAAAGCCGUGAAAAUCAAAGGCAUUGUCUUCUGUCAGUGUGAUGCCCUGUGGCCAAGCAGUUCCCUCAGGACCCAGCUCUGCAGCCCUUCUUCCUGUGCCUCAAGUGUCGGCUGCCACUCCACAGGUCUUCCGUCUGUCUGCUCCUUUGAAAGCUGGGCUUCCAAAGUGCGAUUGAACACUGAGGGUUCUGGUGAUGUGUAUGUUAAUAAGUUGUAUUUUAAAUAUCAGAGAUUAUUAAAUAAAGAGAAUGAUUUUCUAUUAA